AUGUCGUCUUUGAGAAAAAAGCGAGACGAAUAUGCUCUGAUAGUCGGUGUCCCAGCUCAGGUGCCGCUCUACAGCAUCUCCAAACUCCUGGAGGGUAUCGUUUCCCUCAUCAUCAUCAUCAUCAUCAUCAUCAUCAUCAUCAUCAUCAUCAUCAUCAUCAUCAUCAUCAUCAUCAUCAUCAUCAUACAACGUAACUGUAUCAGCUGCCUCGAGCCCCUCAUAUGUAUCAUAAGCCGUGGCACAUUCCCCAUAUUAGACUCUAUAUAG